CCCAUCCACUCCAUGGUGUACACAUAAUUUUCCUGCGGCACGGCUCACGCUCUACUAACCUGUAGGCCUAUUCUUUUAUUUCAGUUUAUAAAGAAAAUGGCAAAAACAGAGUUCCUCGUAGUUUUCCUUGUGACGCUUUGCAUACAGUUCAUUAACAUUGACACCAUGGCUAUAGAGAGGACAUGCGCGUAUUGGUGGUCACUAGACUACGCUUUUAAUUGUACGACAUGGUCAACGCCAGAAACAGCAUGCAUUUACCGCGGCUACGAAUGCGAUUCCGUAAUUGAUUGUGAGGACGGAAGCGACGAAAUUGAUUGUGCAGAGGAACAUGCACAACAAUGUAUUGAUGACUUCAUCGGAAAACCGUUUGGUAAAUUUAACUGUAUAGACGGUAUGUGCAUUCCGGAUUAUGAAGAAUGUGAUGGACGUCGCCAAUGCGUUGAUAAUAGCGACGAAGCUAGGUGCAUCUUUUAAGCAAGCAACAAAGAGGCGCGCAAGAAUAAUGGGCAAUUUGCCAGAAAAAUGUUUCCGAAGCCGUUUGUUGGAAGGGAGAGGGUCACCCCGUCCGUUGCCAUGCUCCCCAUAAUUUCUUUCUCUUUAGACUGCCGGAAACGAGCUAUCUGCCACUUACGCAAACAAACAUCUCUUACAAUCUUGAUUGAAAACAAAUUAAAUCUAUAAAUGCAAUCUGGUCUAUAAACGAAAUAAUAAAGCGGUUAGUUAAUAUUUAGCCCUUAAGCCGGGAACUCACUGCGUCGUACGGCAGGCUGCCGACAAAUCCUACUCCGCGCUCUCUGUGGGUUAGAUGACGCGACGCUGUCUGCUGAUCGUCGGAUCGUCAUUUAAAAACGAUCGUCGUGGCGUUGUAUUCUCUAUAAAAUCGCGUCGGCCGACGACUGUCUCGUGUGUAGUGAGUUUCCGGCAUCAUUAAAAAAAUUUAAUACAUUCUUCUAUCAGUUAAACAUUUUUUAGGUGCAUGUUAGGUGCAUGUUGUAUUUUUGAAAAACGUAAAGGGUUUUUAUUUAAUCUUAAUUAGCUCUACAGUAUUAUAUAUUUUGCUGUUUACACUCUGUACUUUUUAAUUGUUGUAUUGUAUUUUGUCUCUCAUAAGCAAGGCAUGGCUGGCCUUUGAGGGUGUGACAUGAAUAAAUAAAUACUUUACUUACUUACUUAAUGUAUUCAUUUAUAUUUAUGUUACUAUUUUAAUUGUUUCUUAAAUUUGGUGACCCACUCGACAGAGAUCUAGUAUCUCUUUUUGGGAAGCCAGCCUCCAUUUUGUCUGUCCUUUUUCAUGAGGCGAAUAAAUAAAAUAUACAUUUGUUUUCUUGAUUGGACCUUAA